GCAGCGGCGGGGUGGGAACGCGACUCCUUGGUAGCAGCAGCAAGAGGAGGACGCGGAGGAGGAAAGAAGCCACAGCUCGCCCAAGAGGCAGCCUGUUGCCCACAUAGCUGUGCGCCUGCCCGCUCCUCCCUCUGUCCGUCGCCUCCCGUGAACAGCAGGCAGCAGCAGCAGCAUAGGCAGGAGCGAGAGCGACAGACGGCGCCCACCCUCAUGCCGAGCAGGCGGAAGCCUCAGCUGAGGAAAGUCGCCCCAGGGACACGAGCAGCAGCGCGCACAAAGAAGGCAAGGGAAGAAGUGGCCCCGGCGAGUCUGGAGACAUCCUUCCCUCAGGAAAGCGCAGCCGGAGACCACCACCACCACCACCACCACCCGGCCCUCCCGCCCUUUCCUGCUCGUCUCGGACUCAGUCUCUGAGAAGGUGGACCUCGCCAAGAUGGUUACUGUGGUGACCAAGCUGGUGCACUACCUGCACCUCAGCAGGAGAUCUGGUCAAUAUAAUAUGAACCAUGACAACUCUAAGAAGCUCUCAGGGAAGCCCCCUUAUAACCGUUCAGGUUCUCAAGAUUCACUCGAUGAAUUAUCCAUGGAUGACUACUGGAAAGAACUUGAAAACAUCAAUGAAACCAGAGGCAAUAACUCUGAAGAACAAGCAGUGGUUCUGGUGAAGGAGCCUGAUGAGGGAGAAUUGGAAGAAGAGUGGUUAAAAGAAGCCGGUUUGUCAAACCUCUUUGGUGAGGCGGCUGCUGACUCUCAAGAAAGCAUGGUGGUUUUGGCUACGCUGACGCGUACACAGGCAGCAGCCGUGCAGAAACGAGUGGAGACAGUCACACAGACAAUGAGGAAGAAAAACAAGCAGUACCAAGUUCCUGAUGUGAGAGAUAUCUUCAAGCAGCAAAAUGAGUCAAAGGAAAAAGAAAUUGGCAAUGAACACCAGUCUGUAAGAACAAAAGAAAACAAAGAGGAGGACACAAAAGAGGCAUCUUGUCAGCAUAUUGAUUAUGAUCAUCAAAGAGAAGAUGUUCCAGUGAUUGAAACGGACAUUAACUUGGAAAUAUCAUUUUCGGAGCAGGCAGCUACGCUCAAAGAUGACCCAGCAGGCAAAGUCUUGAAGGGCAAAGAGGAUGACACACUCCUUCCUAAUUUCAGACUGCCAAAAGACAAAACGGGUACAACAAAGAUUGGAGACCUUGCCCCUCAGGAUAUGAAGAAGGUCCACGCUCUGGCACUAAUUGAGCUGACGGCUCUCUUUGAUAUACUUGGAACAGAACUGAAGCCACAAAAAGCAAUAAAAAUCAAAACCAAAGAAUCUGGUCUUUUUGGUGUUCCACUGUCAGUUUUGCUAGAACAAGAUCAGAAGAGGGUGCCAGGCAUCCGGAUACCACUAAUUUUUCAAAAACUCAUUUCCCAUAUAGAAGAAGGAAAGCUGGAUACAGAAGGGCUUCUUCGAAUACCGGGUGUGGCAGCAAGGGUAAAGAAUCUUUGCCAGGAGCUUGAAGCAAAGUUUUAUGAAGGGACUUUCCACUGGGAAAAUGUAAAACAGCACGAUGCAGCAAGUCUUCUGAAACUCUUUAUUCGAGAACUGCCUCAACCGCUGCUCACUGUGGAGUAUCUCAAGGCCUUCCAGGAUGUGCAAAAACUUCCAACGAAGAAGCAUCAGCUGCAAGCACUGAAUCUUUUGGUCCUCCUUCUCCCAGACGGAAAUAGAGAUACUCUUAAGGCACUGCUUGAAUUUCUUCAAAGGGUAAUUGAUCACCGAGAUAAAAAUAAAAUGACCCUAAAGAAUGUUGCCAUGGUUAUGGCUCCAAACAUCUUUAUGUUUCAUGGUUUGGGCUCAAAGAACACAGAGCAAAGCGAGUUCGUUAUGGCGGCUGGGACAGCAAAUGUCAUGCGUUUUAUGAUUAGAAACCAAAACCUUUUAUGGACUAUUCCUACAUUCCUUGUGAACCAAGUAAGAAAGCAAAAUACUGAAAGUCAGAAAAAGGAGAAAAAGGACAAAGCUGUGAAAAAAUUGCUGAAGAAAAUGGCUUAUGACCGUGAAAAACACGAGAAGCAAGAUAAAAAUGUCAAUGAUGUAAAAAGCGUCAAUGAGGCUGAUGUUCCUCAGGGAGUAAUACGGGUGCAAGCGCCUCAUCUUUCCAAAGUUUCCAUGGCAAUCCAGCUGACGGAAGAACUAAAAGCUUGUGAUGUUGUGGCCAGGUUCCUCAGCCAAAAAAGUGGGAUCGUCCAGUCUCUGAAGAAAGAAGAAGUGUUUUUAUAUGAAGUUGGAGGGAACAUUGGUGAACGCUGCCUGGAUGAUGAUACCUACAUGAAGGAUUUGCAUCAGCUAAACCCAAAUGCUGAGUGGGUUAUAAAAUCUAAAAACUGCUGACUUUUUUUAAAUUUACAAAGAGAUAACUGUAACUGAUUUUUGUAAAACUAAUGUUCACGUGUACCAAAAUAAAAGCGUGAUGUAUUCAUUGGAUACAUCACAAAUAUUGCACUGUUAAGGGGCAUUGUCAGUGCUGCAGUUGGCUUACAGAAAGCCUUCUCCCUUUCUCCCAAGUCAAUGCAAACUACUGUAGCAAAACUGGUAGGGCAAGUAGCUGUGUGAUCUUAACUGAUUUUGUUGCACAGGAACAGUAUGUACAGAACUUUUUUCUUAUGGGAACCAUUGUGCCUUUGGUAUGGUCCCAUCUAAUUCCCAUUACUUUCAGAUUGCUUGUUAUGGCUUCAUUUCUCCAAUGAAGGGUCAAUUUUCUUAAUGAAGACAUCUGUAAAAAUUAGAUGUUCCUUCAUUGGGCCAUCCAAAUUAUAAAUGGUGCUUGUAUUCCCUAUGUAAUCAGGACAAUAGUGGCACAAAGAGUGCCACACAAACUUACUACAUGCAUUUGUUUAAGUCACACAAAACCAUGUACCUACCCUUUCUGUCCCCAGAAACACAUUUAUAUGGGAAAGCUAAUGUGACAUAAUACUGACAAAACUAUCUUUACCUGGAAACAAUUCCUGUGAUCAUUGUGAUGAAAAAUGUAUUGCUAUGAAGCCAGUAUACCAAAGAAAAUCUCUGUAUUACCACCCUAGAUUCCACAGUCUUCUCAAUUCUUAAUGAGCUGCUACAAAUAUAAGCAUUCUAGGGAAAGGAAAUAUAUAUGGAACUUAAGUUCCAUAACAUAUUAGGCAUUUCCUUCAUAAUUCCAUGUUGACAAUAGUGUGAAAAUUUGAAUAUAGAUGCUUCUGUGUGAUGAGUGCAAUACUCACACUGGGAAAUCUAUGCAGGUUGGGAAAAGAAUAAUAUGUAUAGUGUCUCCAUGUAUGGUAUUAAUGUGACUAGUCAUAUCAAUGAUCAUCCAAGGGUCAAAUAUCCCCCCAAUGUCUUAGACAUAUGCACAGAUAAUGUUUUCAAUUCAGUAUUGUCUAAAGUCAGUGAAGUCCAAAGAUAAUAUUCAUGACCUUUUAAUUCCAGCAUACUCACGUUGAAGCUUACAGUGUAGUCGUUGAGCACACUGUUGUGCAUUCUGUGCAGAUUAACAUGGCUGAAAGUCUCACAAUGAAAGGUAUGGCCUUGGGCUUUGCUUAAGCAUUCUCUUAACAACAAAGUUGUCAUCAAAGGCGAUUCACUUGUGGUUGAACAUUAAGAUGUGUUUUUCUCCCUACAGUGGAAGGGGUGAGGCUAAUUGUAUGUAGAUGAGCAUUUACCUUACGUAGGUGGGGCUCACAGCAGAUGUCUGCAAGGACAUGUUGACCUUUGCAUUUUGUUCUUCAGAAACAAAAUCAACAGAAAUUAAGCUUGUAUAAAUAAUGACAAAAAGAGGAUGAAAUGUAUUACUGCUAGGAUGCAAGUCUUAAGAUGCCUUCCUAUUUUCAACAAGGGAGUAUUACUGACAUUCAUUUUUGGCAGUAGCUAUGAGCUCUUGCACCACCGACAAACCAUGUGCUCCCGUGUCACUGAAAUUAUUCUAGCUUAUCUUGCUCCACAAUUAAUAGGCUAUCAGAAGAGUCAGAUGUUCAGAGGCACAAACCUCAGUGGUAUCUGCACUUGCAACAUUCCCAGGGAACUGCAACCUAAUCUCCUGCCAUAAAAUGACUGUAUUGGUUUUCGAAGCCUCACCCUUCAUGAUCUGGUACUUUGGUGGGAUUUGACUGUUUCAGGUCAGUAAAGUAGGGAGAAGAAAGCUUGUCCAAGCAGGAACUAGCUAGCACAGGGAAUCUCUGGCCCUCCUGGUGUUUUUGGACUCCCAUCAUCCCUGGCCAUUUGUCAUGCUGGCAGGGGCUGAUGGGAGUUGUAGUCUGACAGCAUCUGGAGGGCUGUGAAUCCUGCAUCCUUAAGGUGGAAACUCCUGGAACUCUUAUCUCUCCUGCCACAGUCCACAUGGCUACCAGGAUGGCUAAUAGUUUAUGAAUCUAGAACCUAGUUUAACAGGUAAUACAAGAUGCGUAAUGCAACCUUUGUAAUACUUUACAGUCUGUAGUUGCUGCAAAUCAGACUUAAUUGCAAGGGAAAUUUUAGGUAUUUGAAUCAGAAACAAUUACUGCUGCUGGGAACAGCUGUAGUGGUCAUUAAACUACAAAUGGCCUGUAGAUUUGAUUUUUUUAAAAAAUAACUUUUGUUGCAGGGUUAGUGCCAUUUUUAUUACUAUUUGAACAGCUCUUUUAUAUAUGUAAAUGAAUUUUCAUAAUCUAAUUUGAUUUAUGAGGUGUAUACGUGGAGUAUACACAACAGACACACUGACUAGUUAAUGGGGAAGGGUGGGGAGUUACCACACUUGUGUAGAUUUGUACAUAAAAUGUUUCAGAUGAAAAA